UCCUCUGCCGAGGUGCAUCUCCUGUGUACUCCGCCUGUAAAGGAUACUUCCAUUACUGCCGUCAGAUUGGUCGCAAUUCCUGAUAGUGGAUAAAUUUGGUUACAGUAUUGAUCAUCAGAUCAUUUUAUCGGGGAUGUUGGCGUAGCCGCCGGGUUCAUGUUUGAUAACAGGAAGCCCCUAGAAACGAGCCUGUCAUCUUGCAAAGCUUCAUGUAUGUCCAGAUCAUCGUCAGCACUUUAACUGUCUCAGCAUUCCUCCCUCCGCUGUGUUAAACCAGUCACAGCACGGACAGACACAAUGGACACAGAUUCCAUCCACUCUGGUUAUUCCCACCACUCCAACAGGUCACGGGGGUCAAACAAACAAAGUGAACGCAGCAGCAGGGAUCGGCACAAAUCACACAGCCGAGACAGCAGCAGCCGCUCGGACAAAAAUGUCACCAUCAGUGCAUCAUCAGCUCAGCCACAGCAGCCGGAUCAGAGCUCCGCCCCCACAGAUGCCCAGGAUGACAACUGGGGCGAAACUACCACAGCGGUCACUGGAACUUCAGACCACAGCUUGUCUCAAGAGGAUUUGGCUGGCUUUGGAAAGGAGACGGAAGGUCCAGUAGAGAAAUUGAACUGUGUACGCUUCCUUCCUUUGGCCCUCACCCUUGUCCUGGGCCUGCUGGUUCUGAUCACCCCCCUGUCCUUCCUGGUGCUGCCCCAGCUGAUGUGGCCGGAGCGCCUGCAGGCUUGUGGCACUGCCUGUGAGGGCCUGUUUCUUUCACUAGCAUUCAAGCUCCUCAUUCUUUUGCUGGCUGGUUGGGCGCUGCUUGUGCGACCGGCGUGGGCCUCCCUGCCCCGGAUAGCAGUGUUCCGCGCCCUGCUGGGGUUGCUCACGCUCCUCCUGCUACUCUCCUAUUGGCUAUUCUUUGGAGUGCGCAUCCUGGACUCGCAGGAUGAGAACUACCAAGGCAUAGUGCAGUUUGCCGUAUCAUUGGUGGAUGCUCUGCUGUUCAUCCAUUACCUGGCAGUGGUUCUGCUGGAGAUCCGACAUCUGCAGCCCUGCUUUUCUCUCUGUGUCGUGCGCUCCACCGAUGGAGAGACUCACCACUAUAACCUGGGACAGCUCAGCAUUCAGCGGGCAGCCCUUGUAAUUCUUGAACACUAUUAUAAGGAUUUCUCUGUCCACAACCCUGCCCUUCUAACAGCUGCAAAGUCCAGGGCAGCUAAACAUCUGGCUGGGCUAAAAGUCUAUAAUGUAGAUGGUGCUGGAAGCGAUACUGCCACAGCUCAAUCUCGGGCUAAAAUAGCAGCUGCCGCUCGACAGAGAGACACCAGCCACAAUGAGCUGUACUACGAGGAAGCAGAGCAUGAUAGAAGAGUCCGAAAGCGCAGAGCACGGCUGGUGGUGGCAGUAGAGGAGGCAUUUACACACGUUAGACGGCUGCAGGAGGAGGAGAAAAAGAAGCUGCCAGGAGAUGAGAUGGAUCCACGUGAGGCAGCGCAGGCCAUCUUCCCCUCCAUGGCUCGAGCACUGCAGAAAUACCUGCGCACCACCCGUCAGCAGCACUGCCACAGCAUGGACAGUAUUCAGGCCCAUCUGGCAUUCUGCAUUACAAACAACAUGACUCCAAAGGCAUUUCUGGAGAGCUAUCUGAUGGCUGGGCCCACACUGCAGUAUACGAGAGAGUCCCGGCAGACCCGGCAGUGGACGCUGGUCAGCGAAGCGUCGGUCAACAGUCCCCUCCGUCAAGGCUCAGAAUUCCAGCUCAAAUCAUCGGACUUCAGCUUAGUGGUCACCAGCAAAGCUAUCCCUCACCUCAAACUCGGUGAGGAGUACGUCCACCCCAAAUCUCACAAGUUUGUACUACAACUACAGUCCGAGACCUCCGUCUGAUGGAUUCAGUUGCUUUUGUCUGUUUGGUUUUCUACACUUGUAAAUUUUGGACUAGUGCUAUUUUGUUUGAAAUUAUUUUUUACUUUUUCACAGUUUAUAAAUGGCAUUUUACAUAAUAGUUGUAUUUUGAUAAAAUAUUUGUUAUUACCAAGAACAG